AUGGAACAAAGCGAAGGUGAACAGGAAUCCCAGCCAGAGAGUCAUGUGGAUAGCAAGAGCAGCGUGAAAUCCUUGCCUGGGGGAGCGGCCCGUGUCAAGCUAGAGAUAAAAAAACAUGCAGUCACGGAUGACUAUAAACUCUCCAAACGGGUGCUAGGGUUAGGAAUCAACGGCAAAGUAUUGGAGUGUUUCAACAAGGAGACAGGCCAGAAAUGUGCUUUGAAGCUCCUGUAUGACAACCCAAAAGCCCGUCAGGAAGUAGAAUAUCAUUGGCGAGCAUCAGGGUGUCCUCACAUUGUCCAUGUCCUGGAUGUUUAUGAGAAUAUACAUCAUGGAAAGAGAUGCCUCCUCAUUGUCAUGGAAUGCAUGGAAGGAGGAGAGCUGUUUAGCAGGAUCCAGGAGAGAGGAGAUCAAGCUUUCACUGAGAGAGAGGCUGCUGAGAUAAUGAGAGACAUCGGAACAGCCAUCCAGUAUCUGCAUUCAAUGAACAUUGCUCAUAGAGAUGUCAAGCCUGAAAACUUGCUUUACACAUCUAAAGAGAAGGAUACUGUACUCAAACUCACAGACUUCGGCUUUGCCAAAGAAACCACUGUACAAAAUGCGCUGCAGACCCCCUGUUACACUCCUUAUUAUGUGGCCCCAGAAGUCCUUGGUCCUGAGAAGUAUGACAAAUCGUGUGACAUGUGGUCGUUGGGCGUCAUCACAUAUAUUCUCCUGUGCGGGUUCCCUCCGUUCUACUCAAACACCGGUCAAGCCAUUUCUCCAGGGAUGAAGAGAAGAAUUCGGAUGGGGCAAUAUGGGUUUCCCAAUCCAGAGUGGGCUGAAGUAUCAGAGGAAGCCAAACAACUGAUUCGCCAUUUACUGAAGACUGACCCAACAGAGAGGAUGACAGUUUCUCAAUUUAUGAAUCAUCCUUGGAUUAAUAGAUCAAUGUCAGUGCCACCAACUCCUCUUCAUACUGCACGGGUCCUGCAAGAGGAUAAAGACCACUGGGAUGAAGUUAAAGAGGAGAUGACCAGCGCUUUGGCUACCAUGAGGGUGGACUAUGAUCAGGUGAAAAUUAAAGACUUGAAAACAUCCAACAACCGUCUCCUGAACAAACGCCGCAAGAAGCAGAAGCAAGCAGGCACCUCUUCUGCAGCCCCAGGGUGCAAUAACCAGUGAGAACAAGAGCCAAGGACCUGUGGGUGGAGGGUAAAAGUUAAAAGGAACAAUUUAGAAACAUACGAUCAACUCAGUCUGUACCACAAAGGCAAUGAGACCAUGAAGAAGCUAUCCUGCAAAGAGGGAGCAGUGUGAAAGAUUAUGUUUUUAUAACUCGAAUCAGGGCUUUGCUUUUAAAGGCUGAUAUAUAUGACACGAUUCUGUUGUGUAGUGCUAGGGA